UUGUGUCAGUUUGGAAAAUGCAAGAGUUGAAUGAAAAGGAAAUUCUGAAUGAAAUCUGCUAAAAAUGUUAUCUACCUUGUCACAGCCAAAAUUGAUAAACACAAGUUGUUAGUGUUACAUAACAAUUGGCUGCUAAUUAUUUCUUUGAUUAUACUUCUAACCUUCUCUUUUUGCUCUUGUUCUUCUGAUACCAUAUCCUCUGACAAACCUAUAAGAGAUGGUGAGCUUCUGAUUUCUAAAUCUAAAACUUUUUCUCUUGGAUUCUUCACUCCAGGAAAUUCCACGUCUCGCUAUGUUGGAAUUUGGUACAACAAUUUGCCAAUCCAAACUGUUGUUUGGGUUGCAAACAGAGAUAGUCCAAUCAACGACACUUCUGGAAUCCUAUCAAUCGACCGAAAUGGAAAUCUAGUACUCAACCACAACCUAAGCACUAUUCCCAUUUGGUCAACCAACGUUUCGUUACAACAAUAUCGAAGAAAUGGCACCAGCGUUAUAGCUCAACUGACGGAUAUAGCAAACCUUGUUAUCGUACUAAAAACCACCAAAAAUGUCAUAUGGGAAAGCUUUGAUUAUCCCACAGACACUUUUCUUCCAUAUCAAAGACUUGGUUUUGAUAGAAAAACUAAUCAAAGUUGGUUCCUUCAAUCCUGGAAGACAAAUGAUGACCCUGGAAAAGGCGCCUUCACGUUGACAUUCAGCACCAUUGGUAAACCUCAAUUUUUUAUGUACAACAAUGACCUUCCUUGGUGGCGUGGUGGACCUUGGAUUGGAUCAAUAUUAGCAGGUGUACCUAGUGUGAAACGAGAAAGGGCCACUUUUAACGUUUCUUUUGUCGAAGAUGACAACAAUGUAGCACUCACAUAUAACAUAUUUUAUAAGUCUGUCAUCACUAGAAUUGUGGUUCAGGAAUCUGGUUUCUUUCAAACACUCACGUGGGACAAUCAAAAGAAUCGAUGGAACCAGUUCUUUUCAGAACCAGUAAACCAAUGUGAUAGCUAUGGAAUUUGUGGAUCGAACAGUAAUUGUGACCCUUUAAACUUUAAAGAUUUUAAGUGUACUUGUUUACCUGGUUUUGAACCCAAAUUUCCACUUGAUUGGUAUGAUAGUGGAGAUGGGUCAGGAGGCUGCGUAAGGAAGAAAGGUGCAUCUGUUUGCGGAAACGGGGAAGGUUUUAUCAAAGUUUCUAUUUUUGAUAAAAUGAUGCUGCAAUUACACCAAGAUUCCUCUGGAAAAGUGAAUGUUGCUCAAAGCAACAUACAUCCAAAUCUACCCUUUUUUAGCUUUAAAACGAUAAUGACAGCUACAAGAAAUUGUGAUCAUGAGCAUAAGCUUGGACAAGGUGGAUUUGGCUCUGUCUAUAAGGGUUGCUUGGUUAAUGGACAAGAGAUAGCAGUUAAAAGAUUGUCAAGAAAUUCAGGUCAAGGCAAAGAAGAGUUUAAAAAUGAAGUUACACUUUUAAUUAAACUCCAACACAGAAAUCUAGUGAGGUUGCUCGGUUGUUGCUUUGAAAAAGAAGAAAGAAUGUUAGUUUAUGAAUACCUCCCAAACAAAAGCCUAGACUUCUUUAUAUUCGAUAAAAACCAAAGGUCAUCAUUGGAUUGGGGUAAGCGUUUUGAAAUUAUUUGUGGUAUUGCUCGAGGUGUAUUAUAUCUUCAUCAAGAUUCAAGGUUGAAAAUAAUUCAUAGAGAUCUAAAAGCCAGCAAUGUUCUCCUUGAUGCUGCAAUGGAUCCCAAAAUCUCAGAUUUUGGUAUGGCUAGAAUAUUUGGAGAUGAUGAAAUCCAAGCUAGAACAAAAAGAGUGGUUGGAACAUAG